GGACCGCGGGUGUCAUGGCGCACAAACAGAUCUACUACUCCGACAAGUACGACGACGAGGAGUUCGAGUACCGGCACGUCAUGCUGCCUAAGGACAUCGCCAAGCUAGUGCCCAAGACGCACCUGAUGUCGGAGUCAGAGUGGAGGAACCUGGGUGUGCAGCAGAGCCAGGGCUGGGUCCACUACAUGAUCCAUGAGCCAGAGCCUCACAUCCUGUUGUUCCGAAGACCGCUGCCAAAGAAGCCUGAAAAUGUAUCCACAUGUGGCUGUGCUUGGAGAUGUCUAGCAGGUGUGGCUGGUGGCAAAGGCUCUGCUUCGUGCUCUGUCCCCUGCGAACUUCCCGCCGCGCAGGAGCGGGCCGCUGUUUCUGUGGGAUGUGCGAGGCCGGCUAGAAGGGACUGAGCUGGCAGUUACUCAAGCAGGCACCAGCUACCUGCGGCGUCGUCUGGGCGCGUAACAGCAGCCGCUUGUCCCUGGGCCGGCACCGCUCCUGCGGGCAUUUCUCUGCUGCAACACCUGAGUUCUGUCCAAAGCUUCAAUAAAAAGGACGUUUCA